AUGAGUGACACAGAGAGUAUCAAUAGUGAUUAUAUCCCCAAUUCCAGCUUCGCGGCACCGGAUCAUGACAUCGAUGAUCACGAACACCAUGUCCAUCUUUCUGUUGACGAUGCUGAAAUUCUCGAUGGUGCCCUCAAUGAAUUGUCAAUCCACGACAACUCAAAGGACCAUACUCCUACUAUCACUGAACCUUUACCACCCCACGCCUGUGCCUACUGUGGGAUCCAUAACCCUUCGUCAGUGGUGAAAUGUAAUACUUGUGAUAAAUGGUUUUGUAAUAGUAAGAACUCCACCAGUGGGUCCCAUAUCAUCACCCAUUUAGUGAUGGCGCGUCAUAAUUCGGUGUCGUUACAUCCGGAUUCAGAUUUAGGCGAUACUCUGCUCGAGUGUUAUAGUUGUGGUCUGAGAAACGUUUUCCUAUUAGGGUUUGUCACCGCCAAGGAAGACACGGUCGUGGUGAUGUUGUGUCGAUUGCCAUGUGCCCAACAACAAAGCAACGAAUGGGAUACCAGUAAAUGGGAAUCAUUGAUUGAAAACCGUCAAUUCUUAACCUGGCUUGCCGCCCCACCAUCCGAAGAAGAAUUGUUGGAUGCCAGAGAAAUCACCCAAACCCAAAUCUCCAAAUUAGAAACCCAAUGGCGGUUAAACCGUAACGCCACCAUCGAUGAUGUCGAUAAGAAAAACAUUGAAGAAGAAAAAAUCGAACCGAUCUUGUUGCGUUAUACCGAUGCCUACGAAUAUCAAAAAUCUUUCUCCCCAUUAAUUGAACUCGAAGCAGAAUAUGAUAAACAAUUGAAGGAAUCGCAAGCGUUAGAACAUAUUUCUGUUAGAUGGUCACUCAGUUUAAGUAAUCGUCACUUAGCAUCUUUUGUGCUAUCGACGUUUGAAACCAAUGAAUUGAAGGUCGCGGUGGGAGACGAAAUGAUUUUACGUUACAACGUUUCCGAUCACCCACCUUGGGAAUCCACCGGGUUCAUCGUUAGACUUCCAAGCUCCCAUUCCGAAGAAUUCACCCUUGAAUUAGUGCCAUCGAAAAAACCCCCUCCAACCGAUUUUAAUGAAGAUUUCACCGCGGAAUUCGUAUGGAAAGGAAUCACUUAUGAUAGAAUGCAACAUAAUUUGAAAGAAUUCGCCGUCAAUGAAAACUCGGUAUCCCCAUUCAUUUAUCAUACAAUUUUGGGUCACGAAAUCUCCCCAAUUGAAUUCCAAAUCAAUUUGCCAGAAGAUUUGUCGAUAAAGAAUUUCGCGAAAUUAAAUACCUCGCAAACCAACGCCAUUAAAAAUGUGUUGACUAGACCACUCUCAUUAAUCCAAGGUCCUCCAGGUACUGGGAAAACUGUGACUUCCGCCACCAUCGUUUACCAUUUGUCUAAGAUCACCAAACAAAGAAUUCUCGUUUGUGCCCCAUCUAACGUUGCUGUCGAUCAUCUUGCAUCUAAAUUGAACUCGCUUGGAUUGAAGGUUAUUCGUAUCACUGCCAAAAGCCGUGAAGAUGUCGAAAGCUCUACCGAUGAAUUAUCUUUGCAUACCUUGACCAAAAAUAAGGCCACCGGUGAAUUGAAAAAAUUGAUGAAACUUAAAGAGGAAUUGGGAGAGUUGAGUCUGGAAGAUAACCGGAAAUACAUGAGACUUCUUCGAAGAUUUGAAGCCGAUCAAUUAAAGAAAGCCAAUGUUAUCUGUACCACUUGUGUUGGGGCCGGUGACAAGCGUCUUGAUAGAUUCACCUUCCCAGUGGUUUUAAUCGAUGAAUCUACCCAAUCUAGUGAACCUGAAUGUAUUAUUCCAAUAGUUAAAGGGGCACGUCAAGUGGUGCUUGUUGGCGAUCAUCAACAAUUAGGUCCAGUGAUUCUCGAGAAAAAAGCGGCUAAAGCAGGGUUGAAACAAUCGCUAUUUGAAAGAUUGGUCCUCAUUGGCCAUAUUCCUAUUCGUUUGGAAGUCCAAUACCGUAUGAAUCCUUGUCUUAGUGAGUUCCCAAGUAAUAUGUUUUAUGAAGGGUCUUUACAAAACGGGGUUACGGUAGAAGAUCGUCUUAUUACCAACGAAUUCCCUUGGCCAAUCAAGAACACCCCAAUGAUGUUUUGGGCAAAUUACGGGAAGGAAGAAAUCUCCUCUAGUGGAACUUCGUAUUUGAACAGAGUGGAAGCAAUGAAUUGUGAGAAAUUGGUGACCAGACUUUUCAAAGAUGGGAUCACUGCUGAUCAAAUUGGGAUCAUCACUCCGUAUGAGGGGCAACGUGCGUACGUGGUACAAUAUUUGACGAUGAACGGGACAAUUGCCGAUCGUAAACAAGAAUACUCUACCGUGGAAGUAGCAUCAGUCGAUGCUUUCCAAGGUCGGGAAAAAGAUUUCAUUAUUUUGUCGUGUGUUCGUGCCAAUGAUCAACAAAGUAUUGGGUUCCUUAGUGAUCCACGUCGUAUGAAUGUUGCGUUAACCCGGGCAAAAUAUGGGUUGAUUGUCCUUGGUAAUCCUAGAUCUUUAUCGAAGAAUAUUCUUUGGAAUCAUUUGUUGAUUCAUUUCCGUCAAAAUGGGUGUCUUGUCGAGGGACCAUUAGACAAUUUGCAAUUAAGUUCGAUUCAACUCAGAAAUCCAAAUUCGAGGUAUACUAGUCGUCAAAAUGCCCAAUUUAGAAACAACGCCGAACAAUACGCCACUCCUGCCAAUUUGAUGUCACAACAACAACAACAGCAGCACCAGCACCAGCAUCAGCAAGUGAACCCAGGAGUGGCCAGCUUCUUUGACUUUGAUGCUUCAAAAUCGCAACCUUUUGGCAGUAAUUUUGCGAUGAUGAAUGAUUUUGAUACUUCAUUCUUAAACCCAACUGGCGGUCCACUGCAUGGGGUUUCCGGAGGGUUUGGUAAUGAUGCUUAUGCCAAUUUCUUUCAAAAUUCCCAACAAUGGCCGGUUUUGGGAAAUACUAAUGAUAAUAUUUAUGACAGCAGCAAGGCCAUGCUCGGAUCAAGUCAAAGUGAAAGAUUAAGAGAUGAUAAUAAACAGAGAAACGGGGCUGCUAAUAAUAAUAAUAAUAAUAAUAAUAAUAAUAAUAAUAACAACGUCGGGGAUUCUUUAUGA